AUGGCAGAACCGGCUCCUCCUCAGGUCAAUUCUGAAGACACCAACUCUGCGGCUGCUCAUCCUAGCGCCUCUGCUGGUGUCACUGACCAGAUAUUCCCUGUGUGCACCGCAAUCACCCCAUCAGCUUCUGGAACAACUGUCAAUCUCACGGCUUCGUUGCUUUCAUCCACUUCCACCUCGACUGCUCCCAUGACAUCCUCUCCUGAUGCCGCGGCUUUGUCUUCUACACACCUAUCGGCUUCCACCUCGACCACUCCAGAUAUCACGGCUACAUCAUCGUCCACGAGCUCACCUUCUACAACCAGACCUUCCACUCCCACGACCUCCCCACAGGAUCUUCCGGCGUGCAACGGUCCCAAACGUGCACGGAAGCUCAAUCCGAAAGAGAGAGGGAAACCGGGCCACAAAUCGUCAUGGCCUCCACAAAAACUUGCCUUCCUCAAAAAUCCAGAAGGCGAGGUCAACGAGAAGGCGGCUCUUUCCGUGCCGGACUCGGAUGCAGUGGAGGAGUUGACGAAUGAGCAGAAGAAGGCGCGGGAGGAGGAUAAUAGGGCCUGCCACCAGAUGUUCUCCAACUGGUUUUGUGCACGCAUGAAACGAUUGUCAGUCGUGGCUGAUCCCGCAGCCGCACUCACUGAGUUCCUCGGCAUGUCUUCUACGGAUGAUUGGGAGGCCCUUGUCGACUCUGGCCGCUCAGAAGGUCAGAAGACCCCGCUGGUUAUCUCUGCAAUCAUGGAGGCAGCCGCGGAGGCCUGGGCUGAAGAAUCGGACAAGUUCAAGGCUGAGCUGGAGGCCAAGCGAGAGGCAGAGUAUUUGAAGGCGAAGGAAGAGUCUUCGAAGGUGAAGGAUGCCCCGAUCGAGGCUGCAUCCUCGGAGCAGACACCGGAGGAGUACCAACACUACAUUGAUUGUGCGGCAGUCCUUCUUGAGUCGAUGGUUAAUGCUGUCUUCAAAAAGAUGGGCUUGAUCACCACCGUCAUCCUUGCUGGUCCUAUGCCGAACUGUGGGGGGCAGAUCAAGCUUCGCGCCCUUACCCAUGCCCGUACAGGCGUAGCUGUACCACCUUUAUAA